UUACAGAUCGUGGAUUUGAUUGGAGUUGUUUCACUUGGAAUUGCGGGUCAACUAUAAAUUAAAGGGAGUAGGUGGUUGUUCAGCCAUGAAUUAUUGGGAGUUUAAUGCACCCGACACAGUUUUGAGUCACAUCUUGACUUUUGAAGGGGUUAAAUCUUUUUAAAUACCGAUUACAGAAUUUUUUUUUUCAGCCGAUUGGCUAUAUUAUGCAGUAGCUUUCACCCGGAAAGUUGUCUCACACCGGGAAAAUUAACUUUCAGGCAGUUAGAAACAUUCCUCACCUUACGCCUGAAAAUAAAUUUUAUCUCGCAACCAAUUUCUUCGUUUAAAAGGCUGCAAAAAACUUGUCUGGAACUCAAGGAUCUAGUAGCUUGGUUUCGUAAUAUUUUUCCUGCAAACUUUGCCCGUAUUUUCUCAUUGGCAUCUUUGACAGCACGGCACAAUUUGUGCAGAAUCUUGAGGUGUAACAAAAUACUUUGGCCUGUGGAAAAUCCUGAAGGAAUUAAGGAUGGGAAUAAUAAUGGUCGGGUGCAGGGAGAAAAUGAUGAUGGUAUUCCCUUGAAUUUCCUAUUGACACAUUCCUUGCACCUUUAAAAGUCGCAAGGGCUAGUUUAUAAUAAAAAUAGAAUUAAAUACUUGUAAUUUUGAGUCUGCACUCGUUGUGGAAAUUGGAAAUAAUGGACAUGAGUAUUGAAAGCAUGGCCUCGCUACUGGGGCAAUCGGUUCCAGUUACGCGGUUUCUUUUAUGCUUCUUAGCCACUAUUCCAGUGAGCUGGGGAUGGCGAUUCAUGCCUGGGCCUCUAGGAAGGCAUCUGUAUUCAGCUUUUACUGGGGCCCUAUUGUCUUACUUGUCAUUUGGGUAUUCUUCAAAUCUGCACUUCAUGGUGCCCAUGGCAUUGGGCUAUGGUUCCAUGUUGCUGUGCAGGCAUCACUGUGGCCGGAUCACUUUUUUUAGUGCUUUUGCCUAUCUCAUUGGCUGCCAUGUUUAUUAUAUGAGUGGGGAUGCUUGGAAGGAAGGAGGAAUUGAUGGAACUGGUGCUCUCAUGGUCUUGACUCUCAAAGUCAUUUCUUGUGCUGUCAACUACCAAGAUGGGUUGUCAAAAGGAGAAGAGGAUGGCUUAUCGAAGGAAAACGGGAAAAACAGGCUUUUGAAGUGCCCUUCAGUUCUGGAGUAUCUGGGCUAUUGUCUAUGCUGUGGGACUCACUUUGCUGGACCUGUUUAUGAGAUAAAGGAUUAUCUUGAUUGGACAGAAAAUAAAGGGCUAUGGAGUCAUCAAAAUGAAAGACCUCAACCCUCCCCAUAUGGUGGCAUGCUUAGAGCUUUAGUUCAAGCAUCACUGUGCAUGGGAGUGUACUUGUAUUUGAGUUCGCAUUUUCCUCUUUCUCGUUUCUCUGAACCCAUAUAUGUACAGGAAUGGGGAUUUUGGAAGAGGUUAGGUUAUCAGUACAUGAGUGGAUUCACUGCACGAUGGAAAUAUUACUUCAUCUGGUCCCUCUCGGAGGCUUCCGUGAUUGUCUCAGGGCUAGGAUUUACUGGAUGGUCAGAUUCAAAACCAAAGUGGGACAGAGCAAAAAAUGUUGAUAUUCUUGGUGUGGAGUUUGCCAAAAGUGCUGCAGAGUUGCCACUUGUAUGGAACAUUCAAGUUAGCACUUGGUUGCGACACUAUGUUUAUGAAAGGUUGAUACAGAAAGGAAAAAAACCAGGUUUAGUUCAGUUGCUAGCGACUCAGAUUGUGAGUGCUAUUUGGCAUGGUCUGUAUGCAGGUUAUAUUAUAUUCUUUGUUCAUUCAGCUCUGUUUAUUGCUGGUUCAAAAGUUAUCUAUAGAUGGCAACAAUCACUUCCAGAGAAGGCUGUCUUGGGCAGAAGGAUGUUAACCCUGAUUAAUAUUAUUUAUACAGCAAUGGUGCUAAAUUAUGCAUGCAUUGGCUUCUUGGUACUGAGCCUACACGAGACAUUGUUUUCUUAUGGUAGUGUGCACUAUGUAGGGACAGUAUUACCUAUUGCUUUGAUCCUUCUAGGAUCUGUUUUGAAACCAAAGCCAAGACCCAAAAAGAAACAGUAGCAUGUAACUGCAGGUUAUCUGGUUGGAAGUUUGAGGGAUGAGAAAGCAGCAAGCAGAAGAUAUCCAUUAUAAACCAGAAUAUAAUGGAGUUUCACAAGAAUCUAUGACGCAGAACUUUUUCCUUUUAUCAAAAGGAAUGUGAAAUUUACAGUCAUUAACAAUUAUGGCAUGGAUUUUACCUCCUUAACUUUCUAAAAUAAGUCAUUGCCUUAAUUAUCACAUACUUAUUUAUUCUC